AUGGCUCGUCGUGAACGUAACCGUAUGGAUGAACUUUCUGGUGCUGAAUAUUUGGCGAGUAUUUAUGGGACAGAAAAAGACAAAGUUAAUUGUUCAUUCUAUUUUAAAAUUGGCGCUUGCCGUCAUGGUGAAAAGUGUUCGCGGACUCAUAAUAUUCCUUCAUUUUCGCAAACUGUGCUUUUAAAGAAUAUGUAUCACAGUCCAAUAAUUAAUACACAAUUAGCAGAAGCAUAUUCGAAGCUUCAUUCAGCAAAUGCUUUAAUGCUAAAAUCUGGGGAAGAAGCUGAAAUUGAGCAGCGUUAUUUUGAAGAAUUUUUUGAAGAAGUAUUUACUGAACUUGAUUCAAAAUAUGGAAGGAUUGAAGAAAUGAAUAUUUGCGACAAUAUUGGUGAACAUAUGAUUGGGAAUGUUUAUGUUAAAUUCUAUGAUGAAGAGGAUGCUGAAGCUUGUGUUAAGGGACUUGAGAAUCGUUGGUUUAAUGGUGAACCUAUUUAUGCGGAACUGUCACCUGUGACUGACUUUCGGGAGGCGUGCUGUCGACAGGUUGCUAAUUUUAAAUUUGUUAGGGAUUGGGAAGUAGUAAAAACCUUUUAUUUAAGUUAAAAGUAGGUUCAUCUUAUUUUUGGGUUGUUAAAGAAUUUUUUAAUGUAGAAUUCGCUAAAUUGAUUGUGGUCUAUUUUCUCUAAAUUUAACGAUCCAAGAUUUCGUUGACACAACACUUUUACUUUAAAGUAC